AAAUGUACAUUUCAUUCAAUUGUGGACCAAAACUUGGUUGUCUAUCACGUUGAGCAACUAAUAGGAGCAUCUCAUCAAAUAAGAUUCUGUACUACUCAUUUCAUUUUAAGGGACCCUUUAUUUCUAGGUUAUGAAUAAUUAAGAAAUUAUAAACGUUUUUUUUUAAUGAUUAUCAAAUGUGCAUGUGGCAACAACAUUAUACUACGAUAGAUCCAAUGUUUGGUUCAGAUGUGAGACAUGACAUUGGGGCACCGGGCCACACAUUUUUUGGCACUAGUCGUUGUUUGGCCCAUAGACCUACCUACUGGUCUCCCUGCAACAGCAAAAAUUUAGUGUUGAAUUUUGAUGAGCGCCGCCAGUCGUGGAACUCUCUGCAGCACACACACACACACGUUGUGCAGCAAACGAUUUGCGGAAGUGAGGUACCCCAUUCUGCAGCAGGUGACUGAACAGCACAAUGAGACGUCAGUAGUCCCCCUCCGUAGCAUGGCCACGUCACGUUCCUCACGCGUCACAAGGUCAUCAGUCGGACUCAAUGGAUUGGACGAGAACUUCUGUGGCCGAACCCUCAGGAACCGCAGUAUCGCCCAGCCGGAGGAGGGUCAGGGGUCACCGCUCCCCGGCAGCAGGGCCCCCCGCUCCCCCAAGAAGAGGCAGGACCCCCAGGCUGGGAGCUCAGAGAAGCCUGGGGGUCACCAGGGAAAGGUAGCCCACCACAAGGCCUCCUCAGUGGACAGGGAGACAUGGCCGAGCCCCAGGAAGAGGGGACUGUCCUGCUCAGAGAGAGAGAGUGAUGGGUGUGGGGGUUUGGACAAUGCGGAGAACUGUGAGGGGAUGGGGAAGGAGACGUCGGGGGCUGGUGGAAGAGACGCUUCUCUGCUCCUCAAAAGGGCCAAACGGUGUUCCCGUUACGGGGAGUCGCAGGGAUCCGAGGACGACCCUUCUUCUGCACCCGCCAAACCUGACAUCCCCCCAUCCUCCUGUACCCCCCCAUCCUCCUGCACCCCCCCAGCGACUGUCCAGGAGAACAGUGAAGAGGGUGACCCGCUCAACCUAAUCUGCACCGCACCCUCUUCCUCUUCUCCACAGAACCUCAACAAAGAGGAAGGUGAUGAGGAGGAGGAGGAGGAGGAGAGUGGCGGCCAUAUUGAGAGCGACGGCCAUGCUCAGCAGCCCCCGAACUCCACUUCCCAUAAUCCCCCUGUUCCGCCCCAGAACUCUAACUCCCAUAAAUCCUCUACAGGGCUGGGACAGACCAGCAGUAGCCUUGAUGCUCAGACAAUCUCCCUGGGUUCCAGCGCUGCCGUCAACACCAGCUGCCCAGGUCCCAGUCCAGCACUGCUGAACGGCAGCCAGGUGGGCGCGCCAUGCCCCUCACCCCCAGACCCCAUAGUGCCUUGUAGAAACUGUGAUCCUGUGCAGGAGGAGGAGGUUAGGGACUCUGGGGAGUAUUCUGCUCCUCCUCUGGCCUCCUUUGAAGAGGACUCCUCCACCCCACAUCUGUCAGUCAGGGAGGAGGAAGUGGAGUUGGAUGUAGUGGGGGACUCGGUGUGUCGGGAGGAGGAAGUGACAGCGACCGAGGAGGAGGAGGAUGAGGAGGAGGAGGAAGAGAGUACCAGCGGGAGAAGUAAUGGUUGGCCACUGGUGCAGGAUGCUGUUGCCACCAGUAUCAUCAACGUAAACAACAACAACAUCCCAAACAACAACAUCAACAACAACUCAGGAGAAUCCACCAUGCCUUUGCUAGCCCCCCUGACCCUUUCAGAGCCCCCCUGCACCCCUUCUGUCUCCGACACUUCGCCCCCGUCCUUCACCCAGCCCCAUGAACACCAAUACACCCUGAGGACUUCGCCCCGGAGAGCUGGGGCCCCCUCGCCCCCCAAACCCUGCUCCCCUCCCAGAGACCAUCUCCGGGACAACGGCCCUCUGAGAGACGGGGUCGAGGGAGCCUGUCGGAGGCUGGAUCUGGACGCUACUCUGGCUACUUCUACCCUUUCCUCAGGUCCCUCCAGCACCCAGGCCAGGGGAGGGUCUCUUCCGUCGGUUCCCAUGGAGCAGGGAGCCGGUGGGGACGACAGGGACAAGGUAGUAGGGGACGGUCGGGACUAUGGGGAGCUCCGAGAAGGCGCCCGGGCAGCCAGUAAGGAGGUUCCGGUAGGAGGAAGCCAGCAGCAGGAGGAGGAGAAGCAGGUGGAGGACGAAGAGGAACCAGAUGUGUAUUACUUUGAGUCAGACCACCUGGUGCUCAAACACAACAAAGAUUACCAGAGGUUACUCCAGACUGUAGGUGUGUUGGAGGCCCAGAGAACUCAGAGUAUACUGGACUUGGAGCGUCUGGUCAUACAGCAGAGGGAGGCUCUCCGAGACCCCGUCAGCUUUGUGGAGCAGCUGCAGAAACAGGUGGAACUGGGCAUGCCACGGCCCCAGAGAGUGGUUCAGCUGCCAGACAUCUCAUGGGACCAGUACACGUCGGGGCUGGGAGACUUCCAGAGGGAGUUCUGUGACAAGAAACGCAAAACGAGGAGGCUCAAACUCAUAUUCGAUAAGGUCAGGUUACCAGACCGACCAAUCAGCCCCUUGGAUCCCAAGGACAAGGAGGGUGAAUCGUCGACCCUGUACUCUGCUCUGCCCUCUAGUGACGCUCUGGAGAACAGCAGCAACUCACAGAUGAUCCGAGGGCGGCUGUGUCACCAGAGUAAACCUGACACCUUUAACCAGCUGUGGACCGUGGAAGAACAGAAAAAGCUGGAGCUUCUUCUACUGCAGUUUCCUCCUGAGGAGGUGGAGUCUAAACGCUGGCAGAAGAUAGCUGACGCCCUGGGCAACAGGACCGCUAAACAGGUGGCCAGCCGCGUACAGAAGUACUUCAUCAAACUGACUAAAGCAGGGAUCCCUGUUCCUGGGAGGACUCCCAACAUGUGCAUGUACAGCAAGAAGGUGUCCAAUAAGAGGCAGCACCACCUGAACAAGCACCUGUACCGACCGUCUACCUUCCUGACGUCAUAUGAGCCUCCUGUCUACAUGGAUGAAGAGGAUGAGAGAGCGGCCUACUAUAGCGCCCUGCAGGACCCCGAUGGAGACGACACGGAUGAGGAGGGUGUACCUGUGGAGUUGAGACACCUGCCGGAGUACAAGGAGCUUCUGGAGCUGAAGAGAAUGAAGAAACACAAACUGCAGGAGAUCCAGGCUGAGAGUAGCAUGGCCCUGCACCAUGGAUACAAGUGUGACGUGUGUGGUGUAGAGCCUAUCCAGGGGUUGCGUUGGCAUUGUCAGGACUGUCCCUCAGACAACGCCGUGGACUUCUGUUCCAACUGCUCCGACUGCCUGUACAAGACUGAGAGCCACAUGCCAGACCACCAUCUGGAGCCUGUCCAUCAUCAUGAGACCUUCCUAGACAGGGACUACUGUCUGGCUCAGACCCCUGGAUAUAACUACCUGGACCCCAACUACUACCCUGCUAACAGAUGAUGGGGGGCCACAGACUGGCCCCUAAACUCCAGCCUAUGCCUCAGCCCAGGGGCCACAGUUUUAGUUACACCGAAGGGUCCCUAGCAUCCAGGUCCCAGGGACCACAGUUUCAGCCCAGGGGCCACAGUCACCCAGCCUCAGCCCACACAGCUAGCCUCAGUCAGCUAGCCUACGACAGCUAGCCUCCAGAUCCCAGGGACCACAGUCACCCAGCCUCAGCCCACACAGCUAGCCUACUACGACAGCUAGCCUACUACGACUGCUAGCCUCCAGAUCCCAGGGGCCACAGUCACCCAGCCUCAGCCCACACGGCUAGCCUCAGUCAGCUAGUCUACGACAGCUAGCCUCCAGAUCCCAGGGGUCACAGUUUCAGCUACACCCCAGCGGCCCUUAGCCCCAGACUCAACAUACAGCAGCAACAAACUGGUAGUGUGUGGCUCAUGGCGCUGUCUCUCAGACCCGAAUCUUGACGGUUCUCACACCAGCUACUCUGCUCACCCCGCCCUGCUAGCCCAGCAGACUGGCAGGAAUCCCAUUCUGACGGUGGUUGUGGUGGUGGGGGGAGGUGAAACUGGCUGCACCGCAGACUCCAUUUUGGCUCAAAGAAGAUGUCUGGGACACGCUCACUUCUCUGACCGGUUACCACGACGACCAACAAACUGAAUAAGUCUCUGAAAAUAUACAAAAAAUAACACUAUAAAAAAAAAAAAUAUGAAAAAUGCACACCGACAUUCCUGACCGCCAAGAAAGACUCAAGGAGGGCCAUCCUCUUCCCCCUCUUCCUCAUACCUCUGUGUGCUGCUUGUUAACCUGGGGUGUAGAAGUGCUGGGGUGUGUUGAUGGUAGUGUGGUGGUCUGGUUGAUGAGUGAAUAUGUUCCUAGAUAGAUAGAUAUCUGUCAUUGAGUAUUUCUGGUGAAUCAAGCCUCUUCUGUUGUGAACUGGGGGCGGGGUUGAGAAAGGAGCUUGAUGCUUUCAUUCCUACUAGGUUUUAAACCAAUCAGAAGACAGGCGUUUUCUGAUGUAACCCACACGGCGGGUGUUGUCAUGGUAAUGGACCCUGACACACCUCCACCUUCACGUUUCCAUGGAGAUCAUGUCAGCCAGCAGCUAGUCACCUCUCUCUCUCUCCUUCUCUCCUCUUCCCCCUCACCUCUCUUCUCUUCCCCCUCUCUCUCUCCUCUCUUCUCUUCCCCCUCACCUCUCUCUCCUCUCUCUUUCCCCCCCACCUCUCUCUUUCCCCCUCACCUCUCUCUUCCCCCUCACCUCUCUCUCUCCUCUCUUCUCUUCCCCCUCACCUCUCUCCUCUCUUCUCUUCCCCCUCACCUCUCUCUCUCCUCUCUCUUUCCCCCUCUCUCUCUCCUCUCUUCUCUUCCCCCUCACCUCUCUCUCUCCUCUCUCUUUCCCCCUCUCUCUCUCCUCUCUCUCUCUCCUCUCUUCUCUUCCCCCCCCUCUCUCUCUCUCCUCUAAAAUCUGUUCAGUCACCAACAGAGAAGCACUAGAGAGCUAAUGAAGACUUGUGAUGAAAAAUGAAAAUGUAUUGUUUUUCUUUUCAAUGUGUUUGAUGCUGUUGUUUGAUCAGGUGGUUGAUCACGUGCAGUCAGUAUAAUAAUAAUAGCCCAGUGGUAACUACGACGACAACGUAAAGCUAGUUGCCAUCUGUGGGACAUUUUUUUUGUUUGAUGAAUCAAUCACGCCUCUGAACCUUGAUCUUCAACCCCUGACCUCUAUUCAACUGCCCCAUCAGCAAUCCUCUAGAUAAGGGGUAGACCACCCCUGUUUCAGGGGUACUGCGGGUACUGCAGGUAUUCUGUUCCAACGAGGGCACCACACCUAACCAACUGAGCUAAUUGAUCAGUUGAGUGAUUUGCCUAAAUUCAACACACCUGCUGUUCCCAGGUCGGUUAAAUCAAAAACAUGAAGUGGCUCCAGGACUGGGGUCGCCUACCCUUGUAUUAGAUCCUCUGAGUCCGGGUUAUCCAAACACGGUCCUGGGGGCCCGUUUUGGUUGUUGUCCACUACACAGCUGAUUGAAGUAACCAACUCAUCGUCAAGCUUCGAUUAUUUUUAAUCAGCUGUGUCGUGGUAGGACAACAGCCAAAACAUACACCCAGGGUGUGGGGCCCCAGGGCCGAGUUUGUGAAACCCUGCUGUAAAGUUAGCCUGUCUUGCCUAAACGUCCCAAUUUAAAAGAUUGUAUUUUUUUUUUAAACAAGACACGACUGGAGGAGGUGGUGAUUCGGGUGAUGAUUUUGUGACGGUGGAAAUCUCUCACCCACGUUAUUUUAUACACACAUUUUGUUGUCCUUAAUUGAGUAGACGCCCACUACCCACCAUGCCCUGCUUCAAUAACUGUGUAUAACAGUAUGUUCUUAACUGCUAGAGGAUAUCUGUGGAAAUAAAAGUAUGUGAAUAGUAAUCUA